AUGUUUUUCCCUCGAGUGAUCGCGCCGAGUGUGGAAUCAGGAAAACUGGCUCAUCAAUUUUGGAUAUCCUACCAUCCUCCCACUGGUAACAAGCACACGUCCAGUGGCGAUGAGUCCCCCCCAAUCAAAGAAGAGGAUUUGGAACAACAGAAAAUUGAGCAUGAACGACAAGUGCAAAAGGAGAAGGAAUGCCAAGCUCGGGAAGCCGAAGAAGUACGGAUGCUGGAUAUAAAGCUACUCCGCCAACGAGCCAUUGGUGCUGAAGAGGAACAAAGAGAGAAUGAAAUAAGAAACGUUAAGCCGAGUUUAAUUGCACCCUCAGGAACGAGCAGCGAUGAAGAAGAUGCAAUAUUGGCUGGAAUUAACGAAAAAUCUGGUGAAUGUGCCACUCCAAAGUCAGAAUGCAGUUUUGAAGCAGCAUGCAACAGCAGCAGAACUACGGGUAUACCAAGCAUUAUCCAUCCCGAUAUAUCUGUUAGCGAUCUAAGCGGGCUUUGUAUGAGAGAUGGAGCCUCACAAGCCACUUAUAACUACAACCCCAUGGACUCACAGAUAACGCAGAUCGGAGAUAACUUCCUCGAAAUGACGGACUCCGCAGAGUGCUUCGGACAGCCACAGGGUCGAAGGUAUGAUGGAGAGCAUAUGGCCAACGGAGACCAACCAGGACCAAGUAACAUUGGAUCCAAUGGGUGUUCGUCUAACGAUUAUCUCAUUUCGAAGUGUCGUGCCCCUAUAGCGUCAUUAGACUGCAUGGACGAUUUUAGUACCCAUUCUGGACUACACGUCCUUCAACCAGUUGGAUACAACAUGUCCCGCCAUGCCUCCGUGUACAUGGGAAACCACGCAAGCAUGCCAUCAUCCGUUACACCUGGUCUCCGUUACAAGAACUUGGGUAAAUCUGGCCUCCGUGUGCCGAACAUUGGCCUCGGUUUAUGGACAAUGCUGAAUGAAGACGUUGCUGAGGAUCUGAUAAUGACGGCUCUUGAGAACGGCAUCAAUUUGUUUGACCUCUCCGAAGCUCAUUACGCGAAAGGUGAAACAGAGUUGGGUAGAAUACUGAAAAAGCGAAACGUCAGACGAUCAAGUGUGAUCAUAACCACGAAGAUAUAUUGGAGUACAAAAUCCGACGAAAGAGGUCAAUCUCGCAAGCAUAUUAUCGAAACUGUAAAGUCUUCUCUGGCGAGACUUCAGCUGGAAUAUAUAGAUGUCGUAUUAUUGCAUAAAGUGGACCACGUCUGUCCAAUGGAAGAACUGGUGCGGGCCAUGAACUAUCUCGUUAAUCAGGGUUACGUGAUGUACUGGGGAACUGCGCGUUGGACCCCCUCUGAGAUAAUGGACGCCUACUCAAAAUGCAGAGCCUUCAACUGCUGCACACCUGUAGUGGAACAGACUGAGUACCACAUGUUCUGCAGAGACAAAGCAGAACUUUACAUGCCGGAGCUGUAUCACAAAAUUGGAGUCGGUACAAUGGUGUGGUCUGCUAUAACCACUGGGAAGGGUUUGAACCACGAGGAAACAACUAGUCUCUUUGCCAAGUCGCGUUUUAACCGGAAGUACAGCACUUUUAGUUGGUGUGAAGAGGACCCAGUGACAGUCGAUGAGGUGGACAACAAGGACACUUCGGCCACAGAAGAGUUGAGAACAUAUAAGGAUAAGUUGCGGGCGUUAUCUAACCUAGCCAACAAUCUCAAUUGCACGAUACGACAGUUAGCAGUAGCCUGGUGUCUUAAGAACGAAAAUGUCAACUGCUUGUUACUUGGAGCUACCAGUGUGGAGCAGUUCAAAGAAAACAUACACGCGUUACAGAUCGUCCCUCAAUUGUGCCCCGCUGUAAUGGUGGACAUUGAAAGGAUAUUAGCAAACAAGCCUCAACGGCCACCUAUGAUAUCUACAUUAGCUAUGAGAAACCAACAGAACAACGCAAACCGAACCGAUGCUGCUGGUGCCUCCACAUCUGGAGCAGACACUCCGAAGGGUGAUGUUGAUGUCGAGGCCAACGUAGCCACACCCGAGAAGGAGGGGGACAGCAAAGGUUGUUCGGAAUCACUGCUAAAGGACUCGAAACCGAAAUUCUUCUUAAACAAUGCUGGGGAAGUAAUCAGGCGCGUGGAACAUGAUGGAAUCACUUCGGACACCGUGGUCUCGGUGUCCUCGUUGAAGGGGAAACAGCCAGCGUCAGGGGGAAGUAAAGUGAAGAAAUCCAAGUCCGAAUCCUCGCGGUCCCGUUCGGCUUCCCUCCAAAGGUCGUCGUCUGGACAAUUAUCUGUUUCUCGAGACAGGAAAAUGUCGAGGUUUAAUUUGGGUUCCCCAGCUGAUGUUUAA